AUGUCACGACGAGAACAAUCUGAAAGGUCUAGAGAGGCCCCAAUGGACUACCAAUGGACUAAUCGAAGCGAGGUCCGACCUGUGUGGGCAGCACCUGACCCAAGCACCCCUCGGAAACGGUCACACGAUGAUCUCAACUCGCCUAGCCCUUCUUUAUCGAAUCUUUCACAAACACCUACAUUCGGCUCUAUACAAAAUGUUCCUUUUCUUUUCUCCCAAACGUCAGUUCCGCAGACUCCCCGUUCCCAUCCAUGGGCCCCUCCGCCGCAAUUUUCCCCAUCGAAAGCUUUUCCGUCGCAAGAGGAGGUCACGGAUGUGGACAUGUCGGAAAUCAGCCCAUUAAAAUACGAGGAAAGGGAUACAGAUCAGGUCAGGCCAGUGGCGACUGGUGCAAUGAGACGUGUUUACAACCAAAGGGUAAAAUCGCCGGGUAGCAAAAUAUAUGGAAGACGAAGGCAAGAAGGCGACUUAGACUCAGACCCUGGUUCUGGCAGUGAAAAUGACGAAGAUAACGGCUCUAUAGUGCCCAUCAGAAGGCAGAACACCUCAAACCACUUUACGCUCAAUAUGCCUGCUCACCCUGCGCCUCAGUCGGACACACCCUAUAUUCUUCUUGGAUAUCUGCAAUUCUUCUUCAACCUAUCCCUCAUCCUUUUAUUUUUGUACCUCGUCGUGCAAUUCAUUCUGACCGUACAACGGGACGUCGAGCUACGUAUUUCUGAAUAUUCUUCAGAUAUUGUUCAAGAGAUAGCAAUGUGUGCUUUGCAGUUUAAAAAUAACCUUUGUGCCACCAAUCCCAUUCCCGCUAUGGCACAGCAAUGCGGCAGCUGGGAGGCCUGUAUGAAUCGAGAUCCAACAGUGGUAGGUCGGGCAAAGGUUGGUGCCGAGUUGAUCGCAGAAGUCGUAAAUGGCUUUGUCGAGCCGAUCAGCUGGAAAACCUUGAUAUUUACCUUGACAUCGCUAGCGUUUUUAACCGUUUUCAUCAACACCCUUCUCUCCUUGUACCGUGCUCGACAUCAACCGACCCCUGCGGUUCCAUCUCAACCGCCGCCCUCGUUCCCUAUCCCAGCUACUCCAUUUCCAGCACAUCAUUUUGGUGGUUACUUAUCUCCAGCGCCGACCCCAAACUGGGGUCGGUACAAAAGUGGACAAGACUUGGAAUCACCAACAAGAAGAAGGCGCCUGGAAGGAGGGGGUUCGGUGAAAAUUAAAUAA